AUAAAAAGAAGUGCACCGAGUUUGUUUUAAUUAGUAGUGACAUUUGUGGGAGAAGACAAAGAGCUGCUUUCACUUCACGUCAAAAUCAAUAUGAAACAGUUCACGUGUCUCUCUUUAGCUUUGUUCGCUUCCCUUGCAGUGGCGCACGCUUAUGGACCACCAAACCCUCUUCCUCCACCUCCCCCAAGUUAUGGUGGUGGAUCAGGAGGUGGUGGAGCUGCUACUAUCCAACAAGUGAGUUUGGCUGGUCUCUCCAAGCUAGUGAAUUUCGGCGCCAUUGAGAGGUAUUUGACUGGCGCUGCAGCUUCCCACUCUGGCCAGCACUCUGGUUCGUAUGCCCCGGCUAAGUAUAUUGCGGCAGCAUCAGGGCCCUCUCGCGGCACGGUAAUAUCAUCUAGCUAUAGUGAAGCGCCUGCUAGCUAUGGUGGAGGAGGAUCAUCGGGUGGCUAUGGAGGCGGUAAUGGAGGUGGUAAUGGAGGCGGUAAUGGAGGCUAUGGAGGCGCUCCAGUACCAAUUCUUUGUGGUGGCAAUGGAAUACCCUGUGGCCAUGGAGGUGAUGCAGGUGGCUAUGGAGGCGGUAAUGGAGGUGGUAAUGGAGGCGGUAAUGGAGGCUAUGGAGGCGCUCCAGUACCAAUCCUUUCUGGUUAUGGUGGCGCUGCUCGUCCCAAAUACCAAGUCCUCGCCGCUCACGUGACCCAGAUCAACCCCGGCAAGAACAAAUAUAGAGUCUACCAGACUCCCAUUAGAUACAGUUCUGUAGCGCUCCCAAUUGUGCCAAAUGGUUCAGUUGCCAACUUGUACGUUCCUGAAAAUAGGGGACAUGGCUCAUCUGGCAGCUCCUAUGGCGGCGGUUCCAGCAGCUAUUAAACCUGUACUGACAUACACUGAAUCCUUUAGUUAAUAGUAAUAGUGCCUGUAACCAGUUAAUAAAUUCUAAAUUCAAAAUUUUGUCUUCAAGAGAAUUUUGUGUAAAUAUUUGGUAAAGUUUUUUGUUGAUUAUGUACAUACACACAUAGCAUAUUUGUUUUUCCUGAAUAAAAAGCUUAUUUCUAAGAUGAA